CGAUCGACAAGACUCGCGUCGCGCGAGUUCAAUUGCGCGUUCAAUUCCGAAUCGGUUCUGUUUGUUGUCCAAAUUGUGAGAAAUUUUUGGCUUGAUCGCGAAAAAUCGAGGACGAAACAGCGAAGUUAUGAUGAAUCUUGCCGAUCAGGAGGUGCCUGCUGCGCCGACGGAAUUGGCGGGUUUACCCGGAAACGGAUUCGGCAGACUGCCCGAGCCGCUUCAGACGGUGGCCGGCGAAUAUUGUCCCAGUAGCUACCCGGUGUCGCAGACUGCGAACAAUGAGAAGCAGCUACACACGGGAAAUGAAUUGUACAUGCCGCAAGGCUACAGGCAAGAAACUUGGUUGCAAGAUGGUAGCAGCUCCGAAACCGAGGACAGCGAGCAGUACGUGCCCGAAUUCCAUCAGAUGUCGAGUGCGAACGUGAAGCAAGAGUCGAGUAAUUGCACGAGAAACAGCGACAACGGCAAUUAUCAUCCCCAAUAUCAGUCCACCUCGGUAUCGGUCGCUCACGGCCAAAGCAACGAUUUUCUCGAGAUUAGCUCGGGUCGUUGCUUCGGGAACCGAAAGAUAAACGGACCGGCUAAUAAGAGCACGAAGGACGUCGCUGUGAAGGAGGAACCGGCGGAUCGAAGCUACGUGGAGCCGAUUACUAUAACGAACAUAUCAUCCGCAACAUCUCAGGACACGCAGAACGCGAGCACUCUAAUUUACCCACAACGCCAACAAUAUGGAAAUGUGACGAGGGAUCAUAGAGGAUCGUCACCGCCGUCCAGCCGUCCAGCCAGCGCUUCUUCUUCGACUUCUCAAUGGCAAUCGACCUUCUCCGUUUCCUCCGAGGCGUUUCUGCCGCGACAGGAGAACUGGAAUUCCGAGGCUUACGCGAAAAGGAGCGGCACGCCGACUUGGACGGAACUCGGCCCGCAGUUGGAUCCCAGGAACUCGUCCUGGGAUCGGCAGAACGGCUGUUACCAGAAGAAGGGCUCGCCCGUUUCUACCUGGAAUCCGGACCACAUCAACAAAAGGCCAUCAUCGGCGACCGGCGUAUCCGCGUGGAGCGAUGUUGCUGUCGGUUAUCAACAACAACGACGUGGUUCCUUGCAGCUGUGGCAAUUUCUCGUAGCCUUGCUUGAUGACCCUGCGAAUGCACCUUGCAUAGCGUGGACCGGCCGCGGGAUGGAGUUCAAGCUAAUCGAACCAGAAGAGGUGGCACGAAGAUGGGGCGUUCAAAAAAACAGACCAGCGAUGAAUUAUGAUAAGCUGAGCCGAUCGUUGAGAUACUACUAUGAGAAAGGCAUAAUGCAAAAGGUUGCCGGUGAGCGAUACGUAUACAAGUUCGUCUGCGAUCCGGAAGCGCUCUUCAACAUGGCGUACGGUACCGGGGCGUCUUCGGGGAUUAGUGGAGAAGUUCCAAGCGGUAUGGUACGAAGCCAUGCGGUGUCCGGGAAAGGAGCGGGCGGGAACGAAGUUCCAGAUUUGAUGAAGCAUCCCGCCGCGGGGUACAGCGACGCGGUUUUCGCUAUGUAUUCAAAUACUGCCGCAGUGUACGGACCUUCUAGUCUUCAUCAUCUGCAUCAGUAUCUCGGCGGUAAUGAGGGCUUCAAAACGCCAUCGAGCAGAUAUCACCCCCAUUACCCCCAUCAGUACGGUAGCAAUCACCAUCACCAUCAUCAUCAUCCGCCUCCGAGCUACACGGAGACCUUCCUGAACUACAGUCGAUUGUCGUCGCACGAGGCUGCUUUCGACUCGAAAGCGCAGGAACCGCUACCGAGAGAUUCGUAUACCCAGGAAACGGAGAGUACCAGCAGAGACCGGGAACCCGGAUCGAUACCCUACGACAGCGUGCAGAGAUCGCAAUUACCGGCCCCGGCCGUGUCCUCGCAAUCCUCGAUACUGGACGGCGCGACGAGCUCGAAACUGGAGCAAGCACCGUAUACGUGUUUAGGCGUUGGAAGCUGCGUCUGUUAAAUAAAUGUGAUCGAAUCUGUUGUUUGCAUAUUAUUCGAAGGAAGGUCUCCUAUCGAUCAUGCUUGACGAUCCUCGAAACGGAGCGAGACUCCGAGUCGUCUGGACGUACAUGGUAUUGUAAAUAGUACUUAUUUUUCCGCGCUGGCUUAUCAGACUUCCUGGAGAUAAAACUAUUAAAUUUGUUUAAGUGCGAACUCUCUGAUUCGCGCCCGAUGCGUUAUCUCCGAUCGUUACUGUGCGCGUAUUCUAGUAGUUUAUCGCGGUUGUAAUUUAUUUUAUAAAUAUUAAAUAAAUCUCCUUAUCAAUAGGACGAUUAUCAAAAAUAUGAAAUAUGACUUCAUAUUUUUUAUUUAUAAGUUCGAUAUACAUUGCUCGACAACACGUCGAGCGUAAAUUAAAAUAAUACAAUUUCAAGACAAAAUUUAUCUUGGCUCUGUUUCACUAAAAGUGAGAAGAAACAAAAAUAAUAGCAUGGAAAG